GUUCUUGGGAAGCCACAGGAGGUCAGGUUUAUAUUAGGAAGACCACAGGGGUGACUUCUUCCUGGGGUACUAGGGUCCCAGGACUCCGGACUGGAGUGUUCUUGGCUUCAUCUCUCCCUGACCCUCGCAGUGUCCGCGCGCCGGCAGGGACACUGCUUCCCGCUCACGUUAAGGAGCAUUUUCUCUUCACUUCUCUUUCGGAAAGUCCGAAAUCACAAGUUGCCCUGCCCUCAAAUUUUAGCUGACAAAGGGGUGUGACGGCUGAGGCGGAACGCUGCAUGGAAGACAAAACACCGGCCCGGGGAGCACGGCGGGAGUGCUGCUUGUCUCACUGGGUUCCUGGGAGAAUUCGUUUUCCUUUUUCUGUUUCCUCUCAUCAAGGACUGUCUUCACCCGGCCGACUUAAAGGCGGCUCCGCCCCGAUCACACCAACUUCUCCGGGCAGACGGCUUACGCGAUGUCCCGGGAAGAGAAUCGAAACAGAAACCAGUAUCUCGCCAAUUAGAAAAACCGCCUGCGGAAGGCAGGACUCAAGGCAGCUCCCUCCCAGGGUGUAGAGGCGUCGCCCGGGACCCCGCGCGCCCCGCAGAGUCCAAGGGAGCCUCGUCCUCGCCCUCGGCCCCGAACUCUCCGCAGCAGCGGCCCAGGCCCCGCCCACCUGCCCACCUGCCCACCUGCCCACCUGACGGGCUGUCCAGGUGCGACUGCGUUCUGGGCGCUGGCCUAGGGGCCUUGCCCGGGACUUCUUCGCCAUCGUUGCAGACAGAGCCUGCUUCUGCAGGGCAGCUGACAGAGGCGCAGGUCCACCGUUUCGUGGAGAGAAUCCUCUCCCUUUUCCAAGGACGGAAGAUGUCGAACGGUUAUUCCGCAGACAAGAAUUUCCGCUAUCUCAUCUCAUGCUUCCGGGCCAGAGUGAAAAUGUGCAUCCAGGUGGAGCCUGUCCUGGACCACCUGACCUUUCUGCCUGCAGAUGUGAAGGAGCAGAUCCACAGGACAGCCGUCACUUCUGGGAAUGUGCAAGCAGUUGAACUGCUCCUGAGCACCUUGGAGAAGCAGGUCUGGCCCCAGGGCUGGGCUCGCGAGUUUGUGGAGGCCCUGAAGAGAGCCGGCAACUCUUUAGCAGCCCGCUACCUGAACCCUGAGCUCGCCGACCUGCCCUCGCCAUCAUUCGAGAACACUCAUGAUGAAUGCCUCCAACUGCUGAACCUCCUGCAGCCCACGGUGGUGGACAGCCUUCUGGUUCGAGAUGUCUUAGAUAAAUGCGUGGAGGAGGAACUGUUGACCACUGAAGACAGAAAUCGGAUCUCUGCUGCAGAAAAUAAUGGGAAUGAGUCAGGGGUACGGGAGCUACUAAAAAGGAUUGUGCAGAAAGAAAACUGGUUUUCCACAUUUCUGGAUGUUCUCCGUCAAACAGGAAAUGAUAAACUUGCGCAAGAGUUAAUAGGCACCAAUUUCUUGGAGAGCAAUGCAGAGGAUGAAAAUGUAUCACAAGAAGAUGGUCCUGAAGUUCAAGAGUCACUUUAUUCAACCACAGAUCAGCCAAGUCCAGAGAAAGUGGGAUGGGACAUGGAGAACAACUCAUCAGAGUCAUCUUUUGCAGAUUCUUCUGUGGUUUCAGAAUCAGACACAAGUUUGGCAGAAGGAAGUGUCAGCUGCUUAGAUGAAAGUCUUGGACAUAACAGCAACAUGGGCAGUGAUUCAGGCACCAUGGGAAGUGAUUCAGAUGAAGACAAUGUAGCAGUAAGAAGAUCCCCUGAGCCAGAGCUGCAGCUUAGGUCUUACCAAAUGGAAGUUGCCCAGCCAGCCUUGGAAGGGAAGAACAUUAUCAUCUGCCUUCCUACAGGGAGUGGGAAAACACGAGUGGCUGUUUUCAUUGCCAAGCAUCACUUGGACAAGAAGAAAAAGGAAUCUAAUCCAGGAAAAGUUAUAGUUCUUGUCAAUAAGGUACCGUUAGUUGAACAGCUCUUUCGCAAAGAAUUCAAACCAUUUUUGAAGAAAUGGUAUCGUGUUAUUGGAUUAAGUGGUGAUACCCAACUGAAAAUAUCAUUUCCAGAAGUUGUCAAAUCUCAUGAUGUUAUUAUCAGUACAGCCCAAAUUCUUGAAAACUCCCUUUUGAAUUUGGAAAAUGGAGAAGAUGCUGGUGUCCAAUUGUCAGAUUUUUCCCUCCUUAUCAUUGACGAAUGUCAUCAUACCAACAAAGAAGCAGUCUACAAUAACAUUAUGAGGCGUUAUUUGAAACAGAAGUUGAAAAAUAAUAGACUCAAGAAAGAAAACAAGCCAGUGAUUGCCCUACCUCAGAUUCUGGGACUAACAGCUUCACCUGGUGUUGGAGGAGCCAACAAGCAAGCCAAAGCUGAAGAACACAUUCUAAAAAUAUGUGCCAAUCUUGAUGCAUUUACCAUUAAAACUGUGAAAGAAAAUAUUGAUCAGCUCAAAGAGCAAAUGAAGGAGCCAUGCAAGAAGUUUGCAAUUGCAGAUGACACCCGAGAGGAUCCAUUUAAAGAGAAACUUCUAGAAAUAAUGACAAGGAUUCAAACUUAUUGCCAGAUGAGUCCAAUGUCAGAUUUUGGAACUCAACAUUAUGAACAAUGGGCCAUUCAUAUGGAAAAAAAAGCUGCAAAAGAAGGAAAUCGCAAAGACCGUGUGUGUGCAGAACACUUGAGGAAGUACAAUGAGGCCCUGCAAAUUAAUGACACAAUUCGGAUGAUUGAUGCAUAUAAUCACCUUGAAACUUUCUAUAAUAAUGAGAGAGAAAAGAAACUCGCAGUCCAAGAAGAUGCCAGUGAUGAGAGUGAUAAUGAUGAUUGUGGUGGUGAUGAAGAUAAUUUUAACAAACCAUUGGAACAGGAUGGGACAGAUAGAUUUCUUAUGGCAUUAUUUUUUGAAAACAAAAACAUGUUGAAAAAACUAGCUGACAACCCAGAACAUGAAAAUGAAAAGCUGAUCAAAUUAAGAAACACCAUAAUGGAACAAUACACGAGAGCUGAGGAAUCAGCACGAGGAAUAAUUUUCACAAAAACUCGGCAGAGUGCUUAUGCCCUUUCCCAGUGGAUUACUGAAAACGAAAAAUUUGCAGAAGUAGGUGUUAAAGCCCACCAUCUUAUUGGAGCUGGUCACAGCAGUGAGUUCAAGCCUAUGACACAGGCCCGUGGUCGAGCCAGAGCUGAUGAGAGCACCUACAUUCUGGUUGGCUGCAGUGGCUCAGGAGUUGUUGAACGUGAGACAGUGAAUGAUUUUCGAGAGAAGAUGAUGUAUACAGCUAUACAUCGUGUUCAAAAUAUGAAACCAGAGGAGUAUGAGCAUAAGAUUUUGGAAUUACAGAUGCAAAGUAUAAUGGAAAUGAAAAUGAAAAUCAAGAGAAGUAUCGCAAAGCAUUACAAGGAAAAUCCAUCAUUAAUAACUUUCCUCUGCAAAAACUGCAGUGUGCCAGCCUGCUCUGGGGCAGAUAUCCAUGUGAUUGAGAAGAUGCAUCAUGUCAACAUGACACAAGAAUUCAAGAAACUCUACAUUGUGAGAGAAAGCAAAGCACAACAGAAGAACUUUGUUGACUAUAAAACAAAUGGAGAGAUUAUCUGCAAAUGUGGCCAAGACUGGGGCACGAUGAUGGUACACAAAGGCUUAGAUUUGCCUUGCCUCAAAAUAAGGAAUUUUGUAGUAGUUUUCAAAACUAAUUCAGCAAAGAAACAAUACAAAAAGUGGGUUGAAUUACCUAUCACAUUUCCUGAUCUUGACUACUCAGAAUACUAUCUCUUAAGUGAUGAGGAUUAGCAUUUGAUUCAAGAUUCUCUUAAAUUAUUAUCACGUUAACAUGCAAUAUGAUUUGGAUCAAUGUUUUCAUUAUACUAUGGAACUGAUGUGAGUAUUAAUAAAAUUAUUGCUUUACUCUACGUUGAGCUUUUUAAAAGAAUAUAAUGUAUCGUGUUCCAUCUUAUUUGUUUGCAAGAGUAAAGAAAAUCUACCGAUAGCACUCAUUAGUAGGGAGCACUUAGUAUGGUGGAAAGAGUGUUGGAGUAUAAAUAAGAAUCCAAGGUGCCAAUCUCACUUCUGUCACUAAUUUUCAGGGGAAAAAAAAAAAAAAACAGCUUUCUUGUGGUGAAAAAGUUAUGUUAUCUACUUUAUCUUUUGUUAAUUGUUCAUUUCUGUACAUGUUGCCACAAAUUUAAUGGUUUUUAAACUAACCCUGUAAUAACAUGUGUAGAUCAGAAGUCUAAGCAGGGACCUCUGCUCAGAGUGGCAACAGGGAGGAAAUCAUGGUGUCAGCCAAAUUAUGUUCUCAUCUGGAGGCACGUGGGAAUGAACACGCUUCCAAGUCCAUUCAGAUUGCAGCCAAAAUUCAUUUCUUUGCAGCUGUCUGACUGGGAUUCCUAUUUUCUUGCUGGCUUUCCACGGGGACUCACUCUCAGCCCUUUGUACACAGUCUUCUCAAGGCCCUUUCCUCGAACAGACAUGAGCUUCUUCAAGGCCAGCAGAAGAAUCUCCAUGUCACUCUACAAGCAUAGGUGCCUGUAGGCCAAUGUAGCCAAAGUCCUUGCCCACACUUGAGGCAAGGAGACUGCUCAGGACAUCACACCAGAGGGCAGAAAGCUUGGUGACCAUCUUGCAAUACUACCUCCCAUAUCACUUCACCCACAUUUGUGAAUAAGUGAUGCACUUAGAAAAAUCUGAAGCACUUUGAAAGAUAUAAUCUUAAUAAGCAGCACUGAGUCAGGUAAGGCUUACUUGCUCAGCCUUCUGUGAUGGAAAACUAGAUACAGCAGUGGUGGGGUGGGGGUCGAGGGGGGCUAAAUUCAGACUGUUCAUGUUGAGAAGAUUACCUAUGCCCAUGGAGGAAAUGGCUCACCUUCCAGUCCAUGGGUCAGCAGCAUCUAUGUAUCUGUGCAGCAGGCAGCAGGUGCUGGGUGUUGUUAGAAAAUAAAGGGAAUAUGCUGUCUCUGCCCCUCUUCACUUCAGGUGAAAGAGUGACCUCUCUGUGGCUGCUGCAUUUUGGCUGUUUCUGAAUGAAGUACUAUCAUCUGGACAUGGACACAGGGCCAGAAGUCUGUACUACAGACCAUUCUCCUCCAUAGAUAAGCAGCCUCUUUUGGCAUGAAGGAGCCGCACGAUUGAGACAGAAACCAUAACUGACCAUUCCUACCAACACUUACCAAAUCUCACAGAUGGCUUCCUGAAUGGAAACAUUUAAUUCCUGUGACUAAGGAGCAACAAAGUGUUGGAGAAAGCGAAAUGAAAAUUUUCCUUUAAGUAAAAAAAAAUACAUUUAUUUAUUUGAAAGACUGAAUGAGAGAGAGAGAGAGAGAGACAGAAAGUGAUCUUUCAUCUGCUGUUUCACUCCCCAAGUGACCACCACAGAAGGGACUGGGCCAGGCUGAAGCCAAGAGGCAGGGACUCCAUUCGGAUCUCCUGUGUGGAUGGCAGGGGCAUAAGCAUGUGAAUCAUCUUAUGCUGCUUUCCCAGGCAUAUUAUCAGGGAACUGGAUUGGAAACAGAGCAGCUGAAACUCGAACUGGCACUCCGAUAUGGAAUGCUGUUGCAGCAGGCUAUGGCUUAUCCCAUUGUGCCACAAAGCCAGCCCCAAGAAAACUCUUCUGUAGCAUAAAUCUGUUAAUUACAUUCAAAGUAUUACAGUAGUGUUGAAUUUUCCUUUGAUGAGACCUAAGGAAUGUUAACCAAUCAGAACUCUAGAGAAUGGAAGGGAACAACAGAAGAUUUUUUUUUUAAUUAUUUUAAAAACUCCAGAUGAUUUCAUUUAAAGUAUUACUGCCUUCUAGAAUGUUUUGGAAAGUAUGCAAGAAACCAAAUGCAUAAAAUAGCUAAAUGUACUGCUGUAACAUAUGUAGACUAAUUUUGAGGUAUCAACAAA